AUGUCCGGAACGUUUGAGGAUAUACUGCACCGGGCCGAUCGUCUAUCGUCGACAGUAAUCAGCGCCGAACGCCCGGUGGAUCGCUCAUUCAUUGGUACCGAGCUGAGUGCUCAAGCUUGUAUCGAUGAGAUUUUUCGUCGCAGUGAAUCUCUGUGGAAAAAGAAACGUCCAGCUGAUGUUGUCGGUGAGAGGCUACAGUCAGACCUGCUGCUUGGUCAACAAAGCUUCUGGUUAGAUGCCGUCCAGCCGUCGUGCUCAUCGCGUAAGUCGACGGCGAUAUCCGAGGAUAAGUCAACCGAUGAGACGAUGGUCACAAAGAUAGUGCCUUUAGAGUCGAUUGAAGAUUCACUGCCAGAGAUGAUUCGUGAAACAGAAACGAUCGUGAUGCGUGAUGCUGAGAAUGCGUUUCUGAAUCGAUGCAGUAUCGAAGACGCACUUCUGAAUACAAAGAAACCACUAGCAUCUGAUCGGACCAUGACGGAUGGUACACCGCCAUUUAAGAAACCAGCUGGAGGCAUUUCACGUCUGGCACCAACCUCAGCAAGUGCCGUUGAGCUGGCCUUCGCUAAAGCGUUGUCUGAUUAUGCGAUCGAUAAGAAGAGUGAUUCUUUGGCGAAAGGUUUCAAAGAAGCUGCGGCCAGAAGUCGUGACGAUCGCAUUUGUGCUCUUUGGGAGCAAGCAAUCGCUCUGCUGAGUUUACCGGCACCGACCCUGGCUAAUAACUCCAGCUCGAAAUCACCUCAACCCUUGGCGAUAAGAACGUCCACUGAAUGGACACAACGUCUGGUGAAAGGAUCGCUGGAAUAUCUGCAAAAACAGUAUGGAAAUUAUAUUUCGAUAACCUAUAUGACACAUAUGCGCGAGGUAGUGAAUCGUAAUUUGGCAGUUGCUCGCGUUGGUGGAAUUCCGGGGACUUUGGCGCUGGUAGACGGCUAUUUGAACGUGAAACAUUUCCAGCAGUCCGCGAAACAAUCUUGUCAAGAUGGUGUUUACGGGUCGAGUGGUCAUCCGAUCUGGGAAGUGGUCUACAAUUGUUUGCGUUGUGGUGACUAUGAGGCAUGCGCUGAGAUUGCACGUUCACGACUUCAGAAUUUCCCGUCGUGUGCUGCGCUUGCGGUUGCACUAUGUGCAUUGCAGAAAACCGAGAAGAUAUCUGUGGAGGAUCGAGAUCGUGUGAGGGGAGAAUGGCGUGCGGAACUCGACUCUACAGUUGACAUUUACAAGAAGGCAGUCUAUUGUGCUUUGUUGGGAGGCGAUGUGGCCGAAGUGAGUGAUAACCUGGAGAAUUGGUUAUGGCUAAAGCUGGCCCCGUACAACUUCAGUGUGUCCUUGUCACCGAGUGUAUUCGCGGCUUUACAACGGACAAUCUCAAUCGAUUAUGGCGAAGAAUAUUUCAUAAGUAAUGGUGGUUAUGCCACAAUAUUCUUCCAAGCUUUAUGGUUGACUGGGCAAUUCGAACGAGCCAUUCAUCUUCUGUUCAGAUGUGAUAUGUUAAUACAUUCGGUACAUCUGGCAAUCAUGGCCUAUGUCAAUGAUCUCCUCGUGACGCCUUCUGAUGGCACCACAGCAAAAUCCAUUAUAACUUUCAAUGAGAAAGAUCCAUUGGAGUGUUCGUUGGACUUCUCGCGAUUGAUACUCAUCUAUGUGAAAUCGUUCGAGUGUGUUGAUGCGCAACGAGCGAUUGAUUAUUAUUUCUGUUUACGCAAAUUCCAGUCACCCAACGGUGAGAGCAUUUUCAAUGCGUGUGUAUCGAGGUCGGUGUAUUUGGGUGCGGAUAUGGAUAAAGUGAUCGGUUGCGUUGAUGAGUAUGGCAUAAGACAUCCGGGUUUCAUCGAUAAAUAUAGCAAUGAUAUCAAUAUCACCGACGUUAUUGCCAAGGUGGCCACUGACGUCGAGUUGUCAGCCGAACCCUACAAAGCGGUACGCUUGUAUCAUGCUGCUGAGUUGUUCUGUUUCAAAAAACUAAUUGAAUACGUUGACGAGUCUAAAUUGUUGGUUAAAGGAAGUAUCGAAAUUUGUUUUCAGCGAUACAAUGACGCAUUACGAGUGAUGUGUUUGUGUUUGACGAAUGCGCUGAAGGGAUAUCGUGACAUUGACGAACCACGUCGAAUAGCCGUCUGGUUGGCGAGUAUCUAUAAACGGAUGACUUUAGAGGGAUCGUCGUUGCAGUUGCUCACCUCUCUCUAUUUGCUCAUUGAUUUGUCGACAUUCUUCACAAACUUCAAUCAGCGAAACUAUCCAACUUGCUUGGAUAUUAUUACAAAAUUGAAAUUCGUCCCGUUCGAUUUAUCUGAAGUAUCAGCGUUCGUUUCAAUGUUCUACACUCUAUCAGAUGAGGUACGUUCACUGCUGCCAGAUGUAUGUGUAUCGGUUAUGCGUAUUCUGGAUCAGUUAAGUGCCGACUCAAGUUGGAGAUCGGAAAUAGUUGCAAAAGCGGAUGCGAUUGUGGCGUAUGCAGCCCGAGUUCCGUACACAUUCCCAGCCGAAGUUACUGCUCAAAUAUUGGAAAUAAAUUCAAAAUUGCAUUAA